UUAAUCGUCUUUCUUAAUAAAUUUUAGCUUUGAGCUGUAUUGAAACAUGGAUAAGAAUGUAAUGUUAUAAAAGUAAAUAUUUUUCUGAUGCGUAAAAUAAAACAUUUCCAGGAAAGCGUGAAAUCUGAAAUGGAUGAUACUACACAAGAAGUUAUGGAGAGUUCAUUAAAACACAGUAUGGUUUUUUCACUAUAGAAAGUUCAAUUAUCUUUUUAUUUAAUUAUUUAUAUAAGUAUUUUUAUUUUUAGGUGCUGUUUGGACAUCCAGUGCUACAUUUGUACUCCUAAAGCUCUAUGAAUCUAGUUUGAGUAUGUUAGAAACUCCAAAAAAGAAAAAAAGGAUUUGGAUGGCAAUAUCUGAAAAUUUAAAGGAUUACAAUAUUGAUAUGACUCCAGACCAAGUAAGGUGGAAAAUAAAUGCUCUUACAAAAAAAUACAAAAAAUGUAUUGAAACUGAAUGUCUCAACAAAUUCAAAUAUUUUAAGGAAAUGGAUAAUAUUUAUUCUCUUUAUAAUGUAGACUCUGAUGCAUACCUUAUCUCAGAACUCAUGCAUGAUAUUCGAAUUAAAAAUGGAAAAACAUUAAGUAAUAACAAAAGACAGUUCCCUGAAAGUAAACAUUCUAUUAAAAUAAGAAAAAUAAGAUUGGCUAAUCGAAUUGAGUCUGAUAGGUGCCAAGCAAAAAUUAACUUAGAAAGGCAAUGGAUUGAAUACUUACAUAUACAAGAAUGCUUAAGAAUUCAAAGAGAUGAGACAAUUGAUAGAGGUUUAGAUAUUAAGGAACAAGAAUUACAGUUACGGAAGAAAGAAUUGGACUUAAAGCAAUCAAUUGAGUUGAGAAAUAUACAAUUAAAUGAAAAAUAUUUGGAUGAAUAUUUACAAGUUCAAAAGGAAAAGUGUGAAUUGUUAAAACAGUUUUUUAUGAAUACUUUCUAAAUUUUGACUAAUUCUGUCUUCUACAUAAAGUUUCAAACAAAGAUAUCAAAAAUAUUAUUAUGUCUCUGACAAAAGCCAAGAGACAAGCAUUUAUGAUGAAAUUAAUGAAGAAAGCAUCUAACUUCUUUUUUGUAAUUGACUAGUUUUUUUUUAACUUUGAUUCCAAAUUACAAGUAAUA